AUGGUUGAAGACGUUGAAAGAAAGUCGCCGGGCGGCGCUAGCCGUGAUCUCGAGGCUAACAGCGCUCUCGUUCAUGAUGCAAUCAGCACGGACACUGUUAGCGAAAAGACGGCUUCCGAGCCCGACCCCGACCUUGUCAACUGGGACGGAGAAGAUGACCCCGAGAACCCAGUGAACUGGACCUUGAAGAAAAAAUGGGCAAAUGGAGGCCUUCUUGCUGCGAUGACUUUUAUCACUCCCCUCGCGUCGUCUAUGUUUGCCCCCGGCGUAGAAGAUGUGAUGAUCGAGUUUCAUUCGACCAGCACAAUGCUCGCAUCCUUUGUCGUCUCUGUCUAUAUUCUCGGAUACUGCGUGGGUCCGCUGCUUGUCGCACCCCUCUCAGAGAUGUACGGCCGCGUCCCUGUCUACCAUGUUUCGAACGUUCUUUUCGUUAUAUUCACGAUCGCGUGUGCUGUCAGUACCAGUAUGCCUAUGUUGAUCGUAUUUCGAUUCUUCGCGGGCGUCAUGGGAUCGACUCCUCUCUCCAUCGGAGGUGGCACCUUUGGCGAUAUGUUCAGAGUUGAAGAGCGAGGUGCUGCUGUUGCUGUCUGGUCAAUGGGACCCUUGUUGGGACCAGUUGUUGGACCCAUUGCAGGAGGGUUCCUUGCAGAGGAUGUUGGGUGGCGAUGGGUGUUCUGGAUCAUUGCAAUGGCUGCUGGCGUCCUGACCAUUGCGAUGUUCCUCUUCCUUCGAGAGACAUACACAGUCGCUUUGCUUAAUAAAAAGGCCAAGCGAUUGCGUAAAGAAACCGGCAAUCCCAAGCUCAGAUCAGCCGAAGAUCUCGGUCUAUCACCGGCGGAGCUAUUUAAGGUGUCCAUUCUCCGACCCAUCAAGUUCCUCCUCUUCUCGCCGAUCGUGUCAUGCUUGUCCAUCUACAUUGCCUUUGUCUACGGUAUUCUGUACCUUCUGUUUACUACCAUCACGAGCGUUUUCACCGAGACCUAUGGCUUCUCUCAAGGUUUGGCCGGCUUGGCUUACCUCGGCAUUGGAAUCGGAAUGUUCCUGGGUUUAUUCAUGGUCGGCGCAUCUUCAGAUAAACUUCUGAAGAAGUUGACAGCUUCCAACAACGGGGUAGUCAAACCUGAGUACCGCCUACCACCAAUGGUCAUUGCAGGUCUGAUUCUGCCAAUCGGUCUAUUUCUGUAUGGUUGGACUGCUCAGUAUAAAAUUCAUUGGAUUGUCCCUAUUAUCGGCACUGGCUUGGUCGGACUUGGACUCAUUGGAUCUUUUAUUCCAAACUCCACCUACCUCAUCGAUGCCUUCGGAAAGCAUUCGGCUUCGGCAAUCGCAGCGAACACUGUCCUGCGGUCGCUCUUCGGUGCAUUGAUUCCCUUGGCUGGACCGGCUAUGUAUGAAAAGCUGGGACUGGGAUGGGGUAAUUCGGCUUUGGGAUUCAUUGCGCUAGCUAUGGUCCCUAUUCCUCUGGCUUUCAUGAAAUAUGGCGAGCGGCUGCGUACCAGCCAGAGCUUUAGAGGUACUGUGUAG